CCUUCUCCCCCGCAGCGCCGGCCAACAAGAGCCAGACAAGGGCACGCGGGGCCUCGCCUAGACCCGAGAGGGCUGCGGGCGCGUGUAGGCGGCGGAGCGGAUCUCGGCGCCGCGGAAGCUGCGAGCGCCCUCUUCCUGGAGGUCGCCGCGCCGUUCCCAGGGUGAAUCUACCUCUGGCUGACUGUAGGAUUUUUACUUCUGGCUUUCAGAUUUUUCUUUUAAAAAACCUUUGACGGAUAAAAGAUGUGCCAUGGCAGGAUAGCACCAAAGAGCACCUCAGCGUUUGCCGUGGCCUCUGUGGGGCAUGGAGUGUUGCUUCCGCUGGUGAUCCUUAGCACCCUGCUUGGAGACGGACUUGCGUCAGUGUGCCCCCGGCCCCCAGAGCCAGAGAAUGGUGGCUAUAUCUGCCACCCCCGGCCCUGCAGAGACCCCCUGACAGCGGGCAGUGUCAUCGAGUACCUGUGUGCUGAAGGCUACAUGUUGAAGGGUGAUUACAAAUACCUGACGUGUAAGAAUGGCGAAUGGAAACCAGCCAUGGAGAUUAGCUGCCAUCUUAACGAGGAAAAAGAUGCCCACACAUCACUUGGGGCCCCUACACUGUCCAUAGUGGCUUCCACUGCCAGCUCCGUGGCGCUCAUUCUCCUCCUUGUGGUGCUGUUUGUCCUGCUGCAGCCAAAGCUGAAGUCUUUCCAUCACAGCAGGCGUGACCAGGGGGUGUCUGGGGACCAGGUCUCCAUUAUGGUGGAUGGUGUCCAGGUUGCAUUGCCAUCGUAUGAAGAGGCCGUGUAUGGCAGUUCCGGUCACUGUGUGCCGCCCGCUGACUCCAGAGUGCAGAUUGUGCUGUCAGAAGGGUCUGAGCCAAGUGGGAGGAGCGUGCCCAGGGAGCAGCAGCUGCAGGACCAGGGCGCCUGCUCAUCUGCAGGUGGAGAGGACGAGGCCCCUGGCCACUCUGGACUAUGUGAAGCUUGGGGCUCUCGGGGCUCAGAGACUGUGAUGGUGCAUCAGGCAACCACCUCUUCCUGGGUGGCCGGCUCAGGGAACAGCCGCCCCACACACAAAGAAGCCCCGGAUUCUGAGAGCAGUGACAUACAAAGCCUUUUAUCCCUCACAUCAGAGGAGUACACAGAUGAUAUUCCACUGUUGAAAGAAGCAUGAGGGCUGCUGCCGGCCUCUCACCUCUCUGCAAUGGUCCUCUGCCCUCCCUCCCUUGCCCUCUGGGUUUGAGCGCCCUGUGCUCUCCAGCCACUAUGCCCGGAUACCUGAGCUGCCACCCGUGUAUCUGAGUAUCUCUGAGGGCCUGCAGCCCUCCUAGCUGGAAACUCAAGGAAGAUUCUCACUUAUCUGCCUGCUGGACAGCUGGAGGAACUGGCUUUUUGCCUGGCCCUGCCCUCGCAUCUGUGUCGGGGACGUAUUUGAAUGUGCUGGAUUGAACCGUUCCUUUCCCUGAGCCCUCUGGGUCCCUUCCAGCCAGCUCUUUGGCGGCAGCCCCCACCAGCCCACCUGGGCCUGAGUGCCGCUGUGUUUACUUGUGCCUUCCCCUAUCCCGUCCAGCUUCCCUGUCACACAGGCUUGUUGAUGUCCUACAAGCCUUCGUGGCUGCAAUGCUACCCCUAGCCAUAUAGGAGGCUGGGCCUGGAUCUAGCCUGUUUCUUUGGAGGGCUGGCGCCGCUGUCCUGGGGAGGAGCAGAUCCCAGAUGAGAGUUCUGGAGUCGAGUGGCUCUAAUUGGGCCAGUUGUUAGGGCCAGAAGCCUGGGUCCCUGGGCUUGCCCUGGGUUGACACUGUUGGUACAUUUCCUUGGCUGAGGAUGGAGGAUUUGGAAAAUCAUGGCAAUACCAUCCCAGCUCCCUGGUAUCUGGCUCAGAGGUUUAGGCUCCUGGCUUUGUUGGGUUGAGAAGAUCCUGAGGGAGGGAAGGAGGAUGACUAAUAAUGAUUGUCUUCCUAAUAUGCAACUUCUUCACUUCCUAUUUUAAGUAUCACCCUUCUAGCCUCAGUUUUUUCUGUUUCCCUGAAGUGUAAGGGGAAGUUCCAUGCUGCCUCCUGGGUUUUAUCCUGGGCAGCUCUGGCUUUCUUGCUCCCCACAGAGGCCUGAGGCAAGCCAUCACUGAGACGGAAGACUUGCUGAGAUGCUGUGGAAUGCCCAUCUGGUCACCGGCAGUUUGGGCAAGUUGCCUUUUCUGGGUUUGUGGUGACGGAAGGGAGCCUGAGAGGCACAGACUGUGUGCCACGGGCAGCUGCCGGCAGCUCCAAGCCCCGGUCCUGAGGAUCCUCCUCACCAUGGUCACGUGCCUUAGUAACUGUGCCCAGGAAGUGGCUGCUGCUUGCUGCUCCACUGCUCUUCCUACUUCUGCCCUUUCUUGCUCACCCCUCCACAUGUCCCAGCUGACAGAUGACUCCAGCUCUAGCACCCUGGGGAAUGGCUGAGGAACGGUCCACACACGUCCCCCAACCUUACUGGCCUGAGGUGGGUGAAUGACUGUGAAGUUUCUGGACUCCAAGGCACCUUUAGACUGAAGUCUGGGGCUCAGGGCCCUUGGAGGAGCCCCAGUGUUGAGGGAGUGGGCAUGGUGCUCCAGAUACUUCUGCUGGGGGAAUGCCAACAAGCCAGACGGAAAAGCUCAACCAGGCUGCUAUCAUCUUCAAAAGAUGUGGCAUUAUGGAAUGUUUGUCUUUCCUUUGAUAUAUUUUGAAGCACCAGGGCUGGGAAACUUUGAAGCUGACCCUGUGCUGCAUCUCUCCUCCUCCUCCUCCUCAGAGCCUCCAUGUUUGGGGUGGUAAAAAUAAUAAAAAUCCCAGGAUAAUUUCAGUAGCUGACCUAACAGGGUUAGCUCCAGGCAUGGGUGGCCUUGAAAAUUAGGGGACUGACCUUCUCUCAGCCAACCUCCUGCCUCCACUCUCACACAAUGCACUUUACUACCCACCAUUCCCUGGCUUCUUGCACUCACAUGGAGUCUUCCUUCCUCUCAGGGUAAGGGCAGUGCCUGCUAUGCCUCUUUAACCACUCCCACACGUUUCUCCCCUUCGAUCAGGGAGCCCUCUCAGGCUGUGCUCAAAGCCCAGGCAAGAGAUGAACAGGUUGGCAGAGGUGCUGGAACAUAGCAUACUAGUGAGGGACCUGUCCUUGGCCUAAGAAGAGGCCAUUUCCAGGCAUGUGCCUGCCAGCAGCUGCUGGCACUGGGUCCAUCUGGAGGGGUAGGGUCUAACAACCCCAAAACCCCAACUGCCUCACCACACAGGGCUCUCCACCCAUGGGGGCCCUUGUCUUCCUCCAAAGAAAAACAACGUGGAGGCAAGCGAGGGGAGCUUAAGUCUCACUGCUGAGCCUUCAGCUUUUUUUCUCCAAUCUUCCAAAACCUGAACUCUAUUCUAGAAUAUUAAAAAAAAAAAGGAAGCUCUUACCCCUUUUUAUCUUACUACUCUGGUUUUUUCCCCUUAAGAGAUGGCACUUUUUGUUUUGGGUUUUUUCAGCCUGCCUUCUUCUGAGACCUCCUUCCAUCUCACCCUCCGUUAACCUGGCCUUUGGGAUGACAAGCCCAGACUUGCCUACCUGGUAGGAAAGAAGUCAGAAAAAAUCCAAGCCUCAGCGCCUCCUCCCAUCUUGUCACUGGCUUUGAUGAGGCCCACCUCACCAAGGCUCCUGUGUGCCUGUGGGUGCAGGAGCUGACAUGUCAAAUUGCUGCUGACGUCUCGGCCAGCUUACUGUAGCUAUUUCUCUUUCCCCCAAAGCGGUUUCUUAACCGUCAGCCAUGUGCUGCUGUUUUUUGGGCUUCUGGGCUUUGUCCCUUGCUGAGGAUUAGGGACUCCGCAGCUGCUUUGUGGUGGGGCCUGGCUGAGAGACAAAGGCAGGUGGGGGAAGAACUGUGGCUACAGCUCGGCUUUCCCAGGCUGACCUCGAGGGGAGUCCAGAGAAGACUUAGUCCAGGAGAAAUGGUCAGCACCAAAGGACUCUUAAAAACUUUUUUUUUUUUGCACACUUGAGCUGACUCAACGCAGGUUUUAUAUUCUGGUGACUUGUCACAUGCUAGCGACUUUGAAGGGCCAGUAUACAGUGAAAAUCACUUAAAAUUUCCAUCCCUUUCAAUGCCUUAGUUUAGCAGGUCGGCUCUAUCUUUCACCAUUUCUGUGUUUUGUGUACUGUGCUCCCAUUUCACUGGGUGUGAACUGUGAGAUGGACUGAGUCCUGGCCACUUCGUGAGUUUGUUUGGUUUUAUAAGGCAUUUCAGUGUACAUUCUACAAACACUCCGUUUUUAAACAAAACAAAACCUAAACUAAUAGUGUCUUCCCCAUUCAUCUUGCCCUCCUCCUUCCACCCCCAGCUUUAAAGUUCUGUGGAGAAGCUAGCUGGCCAACAGACAAAGGUAUACUCUUCCUGCUUCAUUAGUGGUGGCACAGGAAAGACAGCACCGGCCUUUCUUCCUCUCCCAAUCCUAGCUGAGCUCUCAAACCAUUUGCUUCCUACAUAACAAUGUCGCCUCCAUUUCCAGAACAUCGUUGCAUAGAGAAUGGAAUAUGCUGCAAACAUUUCUACAUCCUUGGCGCCCCUCCCGCCCCCCACCCCAAAAAAAAAAGAAAAAAGGACCUAGCAGGGGAGUGGCAUGCAAGUUUCACAGCUUGAUCCCAGAUGUGCUUGCCAAAGACAGGCUGGGAGCGUCUCUCCUGGGGCCUCCUAGGUCUCCUGGCUCCUAGCAUAGGGGCGGUCGUUACUGGUGCCCCAAUGAGGGGCUUGGAGAGUGUUUUGCUUGGCAGACAUUUGGGCUGAGUGGUGCAGUAGCUGGUUCCCCAGAGAGGGAGAGGCAGCAGGCCCAGCUUUGCUGGGAAGUAGCUCCUCUUAAUUUCCAGUUGAAAACCUAGUGGAAAUUUGAAUGAAAACCCCGAGAUGGAAGCCUCUGCCAAGCAGCAGAGCUAGCUAGAGGGGGCAUAGAGACAAAGCACACAGAUUGGCAAGCAGGGAGAAGAGAUGAGCAAGGGGUGGCGUGGCAGCCCACUUCACCCUGCCCUGAUUUCUUUCUGUCACACCACUAUGAAAUCCUUUGCAGAAUGGUACUCAUCUAUAAUGGUUUAAAACAACACGUGCAUAAUUGACUCUGUGCAGGAUGUCAAACAGUCAGUUUGGAUUUGCUUUAUUUUAAAUAUAUAUAUAUGUAUAUUGGUAUCCUGUACAUUGCAGUGGGUGUGAAGAUAGUAUUUUAAUGUUUGUAUAAAGUUUAAUUUAAUUUUAAUUGUUCUAUGUAUAUAACUGCAUUUCUAAAUAAUAAAAAAAAAGUUCUUAUGAAGGCCAUUGUGGGAGAUGUGAUCCUUCCAAAAAGCUUUUGCUGAAGUUGUAGAUUGAAAAGAGCUUAUGUGAGUAGGAGCUCAUGAAGGAAUGAUGCAAUAAUCUUCGGAAGAGGGAGGUGCUUGGCAAGAGGUGGAGAAGACAGGACAUCCCUGUGAUAUAAGGUAGAAAGACCAAAACACACUUGAAAAUAUAUUCCUCUCUUGCUGCUCCUAGCUGUUCUUUUUUUGUUGAUUCAGUCAUUCAUUCAACAAACAUUUUAUAAGUGUUCUCAGUGUGCCAACCACUGCUCAAAGCUGGGAUUCAGUAGUGAACAAGACAAAAGUGGUUUAGCCUGCCUGGAAUUUCUAAUGUGCUGGGAAAGCAGAAUAAUAUGCAGUGAUUGUUAUGAUCAGGGAAAUGUAAGUCACGAUGCGAGGCAGCCUGAAAACACCUUUUAGAUGAAAUAACAUAUGAGAUAUGAAGAGGCAGUAAAGCUAGGUUAAGAGGCAGGACACUACAUGUGUGUAGGUGCAGAGACAGCAGAAAGCAUAUUUAGUCUGAGAAACGAAAGGGAAUCUAGCAUAGCUACACGACAUUGCUGAAGGGAGAGUGCUUCAGGAUGAGCCCAGAUAGGUAGGCAGGGGCUAUAGAUCAUGGAGGCCCUCACAAACUGAAUUGGGAAGUUUGCCCUUCAUCGAAAAGUUAACAGGGUGUUUGCUCUUCAGCGAAAGGCAAUUAACAGAGUGACUUAGUAAAAUCUUUUUUUGGGGAGGGGCUGGAUAAAGAGUCUCCAUCUGUGGAGAAUAGAUUUAGGGGGAUAAAGCAUACUGUCCCUGGAGACCAUGUAAGAGGUGUUGGUCUUGUCUAAGUGAGAGACAGUGAUGGUUUGCACUAGGAUGAUAGCAGUGGGGAUGGAGGGAAGUUGGGUUCAAAAGGUGUUUUUUAAGAAGGUAGAAUCAACAGGGUUUGGUGACUGAUAGGUUGUAAGGAAGAAGGCGUCAAGAUUACCCAGUCUUUUCUCUUGAGCAGCUGGGUGACUAGAAACACAAUCAGAUGGGGAAAUGGAGGAGACAGUUUGGGAGGAGGGGGAAUGACAGGCUCAGUUUUGCAAUGGCUGAGUUUGAGGUGCCUAAGUAACAUCCAACUGGAGAUGUGUACUAGGCAGCUGGGUAUUUGCAUGCAGAGCUCAGAAGAGAGACCUGACAGACACGAAUGGAUGAUAAUUAAAACAUGGGAGCAGAUGAGAAACAUUUGAAGAAGAGAAAAAGGAAUGGACAGAGGAAGAAAGAAGUAGGAUGUGUCUGGAAGCUAAGAGAAGGAAGGACUUGAUAAUAGACACAGAUGCUGCUGGGAGAGGAGGCUGUCCAUAACCGUGGAUUUAGAGAUGUGUAAAUGUUUGGUAACUUUAAUGAAAGCAGUGUCAGCCGACUGGUGGGAACGUUCCAGAGUGGAGAGGGUUGAGGUAGAGGUGAGUAAAUGGAGUCCUUGAAGAAAGGGAGGAGAGAAAUAAAGGGUUGAAAGGGACCUUUUUGUUUGUUGUUAUUUUUAAUGGGAAGAUUUAAGUUCAUCUAAAUGUCAGUGUAGAGGAGAGGUGUUGA